AUGAUGGCCACAGAGCCUGUAUUUGACAAGCUAGCUGAAGUUUCUGUCUCGCACCAUUCACUGAGUAACCUUCCCAACGGUGCCCAGCAUGGCGUCGAUUACUCUGCUUUAAAUGGCAGCUUCCACAACAACGAGGAUAUAGCCAACAAACGCAUCACCAGUGUCGAAGAGCAAUUACAUUCCACCGACGUUAGUGUAAGCGGCGGAUCCGACACGGAAACCUCACGUGCAAAAGAUGGCGACAACAGCCAUAGCCGAACCGGCUCUGCCGCCAGGAAACCGUCCACGUUCAAGGCCGUCUCUGUCAACAAGACGUUCUUGGCCGCCAAGGCGAACAGCUCGAGUAUAGCCUCAAAGACGACAGAACGACCCUCGGGAGGCUCCAGCACACCUCCUCCCAGGUCAUCAGCGUUAUCAGCAUCUAGACCUAGGCUUGUCGCCAAAGCUGGCGUUGGCGCGCGAGAAUCAAUGCCGCGUUUCUCUGCCAUGAAUGGUGGCAAGUCAGGAUCUGUACCAGAUGCAAACGCAGUUUGGAACAAGAACCGACCGCCGGAGCCCAAGAAAUUCACAGACGAAGAGCUCAAGAAGUACGGCAUUCAUAUGGCUAGUCGCCUGAACGAAGACGAUGCACAAGGGCAAAACAAGUGGGCCGAUAUUGACGAUGAUGACGAUGACUGGGCACCAGAAGCAAUCACAUGGGGGGAUGGAACAAAAACGAAACUGCCACAUCCCGAUGAACAGCCGCCGCAUGACGAAGUUCCUCAGGCCUCAGAGGAAGGAUUUCAUUCGCAGCAUGAGAUGCCGGGACAAGCCCCUCAACCAGAGUACUCUGCACCAAAGCCUGUUGGGCUACCUUCUGGAAAAGGCCUCGUGCUUAAAGGCGCAUCUCAGGACCGCCCGGCCCUUGUUGCAAAGCCACCACAACCACCUGCUCCCGCCAAGUCGCCUUGGGCCUCGCUGCCUCCCGUCGAGCGGCCGCAGCAGCCCUGGAGUGAAUCGACGGGCUCACCUCGGGGCUCCUACAAGGAGCCAUCGCCGCUGAAGAUGAUGGGCCACCCGCCCAAAGAAAUCGCCGCAGAUGAUUUUAACAGAUCUUCUUGGAGAGAUAGCCACGGUGGUGGUGGCCGUGAACUUUACAACUCCCAGUCUGGACGACUUGAACCCGUCGCAGACCGCCGCGGAUCUAUGCUUUCCGACCAUUCAAGCAGACAGCCCGCUGUUCUCCAGCGACAAGCCAUGGACCACCCAGAGCCAUCCAGCGCCUUCCAAACCAACCGAACCAACCAAGAGGGCUCCUUCAACCGAAGAAGAGCAUCAUCUAACGUUAGCGGCGGCAGUGGUUUUCUCCAACGUGGUGGACGUGCUAGUGAUGGGCAGCAACAGGUACCCACCGACGAUCGUGGCCCUCGUCGUCCAUCCUUCUCUGGUUCAAUUGAAGGUCGAUUUAGCCAUCAAAACAUGAAUGGCCCCAAUCGCCAACAUCCAAGCUGGAACAAUUUGGAUAUGCCAGAUCUGACGUCAAUGGAAUCUCAAGUGCCAGACGAAGACGAUGUCGAGUACCAGAAGAAGCUUAUGAAGGAGCGCAUUGAGCUUGCCAGAAAACGUCGACAAGAAGAAGUCGCUCGUGAGGAGGCGGCGCGCAAGGAACGCAUCCAGAAGAAACUCGAAGCACUUGGCCCUGCACCGGAGAAGAAGAACGAGAAGAAGGAAGGUGUGAUUCGUGACGACACCAGGCCAACCCAAAUCCAUCGUCGUGAAGGUCCUAUUGAUGGACAGUCUCCACAGCAUGCUGCUGCGAGCCCCAAUGACCCGAGAUCGAGACGCCUUUCUCAGAAUCAGGAGCAACAACCUGCCGAACCCUGGGUUGGCACUAGUCCUCGGCCAGACAGAUUGUCUGCUUGGGCAGCUGGAGCAAAUGGCCUGGGAAGAAAUGUGUGGGGUUCUCCGGAUAACGACCGUGGCCUUGGCAAUGGAACGUUCAAUCCUGACUUGGGCCGGAUCCCUGGUGCGACAGGCACAACAAUUCAACCCAGCAAUGGCCCGCAGCCACUCUCAUUGCCUGCAGCGCUGCAAACGGCCCCCAUCGGAUCUCGGGCUUCUCGAUAUGACGCCCCCAGGACAGAUCUUGCCAGUACAUGGGUUGCUGCAGUUGCCGAUACCGACAAGAAGCUGAGUGCGGCUAGAUUAGCUGAGCUCGCCAGCAUGGAACGCCAGCUGGCAGAAAGAGGUCUUUCGGCCGACGAUGCCCAGCCUGUGAUUAAGGAAACUUGGCGACAAGUUCAUGCACCUGGCGAUGGCACACGUCAAGUCAUCAAUGCCUCUGAGGUGCAAAUGCAUGCUCCCAAUGCCUGGAAAUCCGCCAGAGAAGACUUGAGGCAUUCGAAACAAGCAGGCCCUGCAGCUCCUGCUGGAGUCAUCGGAUCUGCGCCGCCACAUGUGGUUCCGCAAAAUGCCAACGCAUCUUCGCAGCCACGGACUUCUCGCUUCUUUCCAACAAGAGAGCAGCGCCUCGACUCGCCGCCGGGGACACUUAGACCGCCGUCGCCGUCAGCUCCUCCCCCUACCAUGGAGGGUCAUCCGGCGUAUGAAGGUGAUGCCAAGCGUCCUCAAGUUUCGCUACCCAAGCCGCAGCCGAUUGUAAAGCUUCCACCGGCCGGCAUUCAGCAUCAGGGCCCCACCAACCGACAGCAACCUGCUUGGGGUAACAGAGGACAGGCCAACGGCCGGGGACCUCAGCCAUACGCCCAUCAAUCCCAACGAAGCGCGGAGAGCUCUCAAGAACAAUGGCAAGAUCGUAUCAACAGCUUGCUACACCAAAAGGCAUCGCCUCCGAAGGCAACUAUUGGAAUGGAUGUUGUCAAUGUUGCAAGCCGGUCUGGCUAUGAACACAACAUUCCAGGAACUGCAGCAACAGUUAUGCUUCCAGGGGUCCCACGCCGUUGUCAGCAAGCCGCUUUUACUUCGAGGCCUCCCGAAUCCAAGCCUAUGGCAGAGGAAUGCUUUGAAGAACAGGAGAUGGGAUCUCUUCCUAUUAUUCGCUUUCCUACCAAGACUCCUGAUGCUGCUUGGCAACCGGUUGUUGUUCAGUUCAAAUCCCUGCCCAAACGAUUCCUUGUUCACGCUGCUAUCAUGGAGCCUUUUCGAAUCGCUGAUGAGCACUCCGGCAACUCCAGCAUCAUUCGCGUGCAUCUUCCAGGCAUGCAAGAGCAAAAGACCGUCGCUGUUCCCCAAAUAACAAGCUCUUCCCGUGGCGGUCGUGGUAAUGGCAGACCAUCUCCUCGCCCUCGUGGUAGUGGACGAGGGAGCAAACGAGAGGUUUCGAGCUCUCACGGAGAGUCGCCUACAACUCACAGUCGUGGCAGCCGUGGAAGCUACCGCGGAAAAGGCUCCGACAACUGGAACCGCAACGCUGCCUCGACCCGCGCUCAACCGCCGCUCUCGGCUUAG